AAUGUCACCGCGUAGAACGCCAGUCUCAUCUCGACUGCGGAACGAAGAUGAUCCGAACUAUAUUCUGCGCGAUCGCGCUGGCAACCCUAACCGUCGCCCAGUACGAUCCGCACCAGUGGCCAAACAGGACCGGGAUCGUGCACCUGUUCGAGUGGAAGUGGUCCGAUAUUGCGGACGAGUGCGAGCGGUUUCUGGGACCGAGAGGGUUCGGCGGGGUGCAGGUUUCACCGGUGACGGAGAACUCGAUCGUGCGCGAUCCGAAGCGGCCAUGGUGGGAGCGCUAUCAACCGAUCUCGUACCAGCUGGUGACGCGGUCGGGAACGGAGGCGGAGUUUGCGGGGAUGGUGCGACGGUGUAACGCGGUUGGGGUGCGGAUCUACGUGGAUUUGGUGAUCAAUCAUAUGGCGGCGAUUACGAGCAAUGGAGGGACCGGGGGUUCGACGGGGAAUGCCGGAGGGAUGGAGUUUCCGGCGGUUCCGUAUGGGAGGGCGGACUUUCACGAGCCGUGCUCGAUCAACGACUACAACAAUCCGGUUGAGGUCAGGAACUGUCAGCUGGUGGGACUACCGGAUUUGAACCAGAGUGUACCGUGGGUUCGGGAUAAGGUCGUUGACUUGAUGAAUCGACUGGUUGAUCACGGAGUGGCUGGGUUCCGGGUGGAUGCCGUGAAGCACAUGUGGCCAGCGGAUCUGAAGGUGAUUUACGGUAGGGUGAAGAACUUGAACACUGCCCAUGGGUUUAAAGCUGGAGCGAGACCUUUUAUUACCCAGGAGGUCAUCGAUCUGGGUGGUGAAGGAAUCUCCAAGUACGAGUACACCGACUUGGGAACGGUGACGGAGUUUCGCUUCUCGGCGGAGAUCGGACGAGCGUUUCGAGGAAUGAAUCAGCUCAAGUGGCUGAAGAACUGGGGUCCGGACUGGAGCUUUCUGCCUUCGAACCGCGCGCUGGUGUUUGUUGACAACCACGAUAACCAGCGUGGGCAUGGUCCGGGCGGUAGUGACAUACUGACGUACAAGGACUCCAAACAGUACAAGAUGGCUACGGCCUUCAUGUUGGCUCAUCCGUACGGAAAUCCUCGAAUUAUGAGUUCGUUUGCGUUCGACAACUCGGAUCAAGGACCUCCUCAGGACGCCAAGGGCAACCUAAUAUCACCAAAGAUCAACCCGGACAAUACCUGCGGCAACGGAUGGAUCUGCGAGCAUCGUUGGCGUCAGAUCUUCAACAUGGUCGGCUUCCGGAACGCCGUCGCAGGAACGUCCCUGACCAACUGGUGGGACAACGGAAACCAGCAGAUGGCGUUCUGUCGCGGAUCGAAGGGAUUCGUCGCGUUCAAUUUGGACAGCGUUGAGCUGAACCGGGACCUCAAAACCUGCCUUCCCGCCGGUACCUAUUGCGAUGUGAUCUCGGGCAGUGCUUGGAACGGAAAAUGCACCGGGAAGAGCGUCGUCGUCGGCAAAACAGGUCUCGGCCGGAUCAAGAUCCCAGCCACCAACAAAGCAGACGAUGGAGUCCUCGCGAUCCAUAUCGCGGCCAAACUGUAGACGAAUCUGGACCGCGAUCUCCACGCAAAUAAAAGCGCAACCACGGCGGUUCCCACCGUUCGAUUAUCUUCAAUUAUCUAAAGGUCCAAUAAAUCACUUGCCCGCGAGGCAAUUUCGGUCUUAUCGCGCGUAA